GAUAAACUUAUUAAAUAGAGAAAAUCAAUGGCUAGGCUGAAGAGAAAAUCACACUGAUUAGCAUGGCUACGGUUGACAGCAGGCCACCCGAGGGCUUCUCGUGCAUCGCUGUUCCCUCUCAAUUGGUCGCACCUGUUCCAUCAGGAGCGCCCCCAAACGCGUUGACGGAAAGAAAGUUUUUCUCGAAAAUUGGACAAAGCAAUGUCGUUAAAGCUGAGCCUAAGUCUCUGCACUUUGCUGGCUUCACUGUGGGCGAGUCAAUUGUCAAAGAACUGCGGUUGACUAAUGUUUCGGCUCACGUCCAAAGGUGGCAUAUCAUCCCACCAACUACACCCCACUUUAAAGUUAGCUUCACCAAACCGGAGAGAUGUGUGCCUGGUCUUUUCAUGGAUAUGAAGGUAAUCUUCAAUCCCGAAGAGUGGAGGUACUACACAGACACCAUCCGCAUACAUUGCAAGGAUGAAGAGAACAUAACAAUUCCUUUACACGCUUACCCUAUUAUGAGUGGAAAUGAGGCCCUUCCUGAGUCCGUCAUCUUACCACUCACUCCCCUGGGGGAGACAACUCAGUACAGGAUACCUCUGAACUGCACAGCUCCUAUAGACUUCGAGUUUCAAGUUCGGAUACCGACGCCUCAUGAGGCAUUCUCUAUUACUCCGCGUGAAGGCCUUGUGCCCGCCAAUGGGUCGACAGACAUAUGCGUAACUUUCGCACCCAAAGAGUUUAGCACCGCGAUUCUCAGACUAGAACUUCUUAUCUCUCAGUUCGGCUCAUCGCCCCUUUUCUGCAGCUUAGUGGGUCACGCGGUUCCAGGCCACCACCGAUACUUGACAGAGGCGAAGUUCAAUAAAGAACAGAUGACUAAGUUGCAGAGUGAUUCCUUGGAUAAAAAAGACAACGAGCGAAUCUUCUUGGAAAAAAAGUUACGGAAAAAGAAACAGGACUCAAAAAACCAAGAAGCUAACUUGAUAUCACAAUCAAUGGAAGUCGAGUUCAAUGGGCAUCGGUUUCCUCUCAACCUGAACAAUGUGCAUGCAGUGAACUACGUCCUCACUCAGCAGAAAGGAAAACUCAAAAUCAAGGACCUCAAAAACGCCCUGGAGCAGAUGCGUAAGCGUGGCCGGGGGACCAAACAGAUGAAGGAGGCAGUGUUCGAGUCUGCAGUGAGGCAAGUGGUGCUGGAGGAGAGAGCCAACAACCUCCGAUGGCAGAAUCAGCUGGGCUCUCAGCCGAUGUCAAAGAAGGCGAGAGAGAUUGUCCUGGAAGACAGGAAACAGGCACUUGUCAUCUACCAUAACGAAACACGCCUGCAGCCGAUCGCAGAUGAGGAAUUUGAGCGGGAGAAAACCAAACUGCUCACACGUCGAACAUUUCGACUUGCCACCGACGUGCCUCCGGAACAAGCAAUGUUUGACCACUACAAAAACAACUUGUUUGCCAAGCGGCACUUUGCAAAGGAACGGUUCAAAAUGGUUGUUAGAAAGGCAAUGAUCCAGUACAGAUGUAACAAACGAGUCGUCAAAACGAGGCAACUCAUCACUGACUACAAAGCGGGUCUAAUCGGAAAGGUCAAGCAGGUUAGUUUUUUCGAUGAGAUAGGAGACCAUGAGCUGGAUGAUUAUGACUUGCGGAUGGAGGCCCAGAAGGUGGAGAAGUUCCAGUUCCCAGUGUACGAGAAGCCAGGCCAUAAAGACGACAUGGCGCCAGAUGCCAUUGGCCGAGUGCCAGUUAAGGCGACACAAGUGACGUUCAGAAGGAAGACGCCAGUGUUUGAGCUGAGUGUCGGGAGACACUACAGCAUGAUGGGCUACUCCCCCUUCAGUAUCCAUGAACACAGGAGUGGAUAUGUGAGGCCAGGGCUGCCUCGACAGCUCCGAUCAGAUGCUCAGGAUGAAAUAGUGAAAGUGCCGCUUCCUCUUGACGUGAUCCAAUCAGGUGGCAUUCAAGACACAGCCACCCUGCAUCGGGGAGACUCUCGCACCUUCACUGCAGGAGGGGAUACAGUUACUACAAGUGCCUUACUUGUGAACAACGAGGAGAUCAAACCUGUGAACAACUGUGUGGUAGAGUCUAGGAGUCUGACAACUCUGCAACCUCCCCCUCUACUCGCAAAGCCACCCGAGUAUCACCCGCUUCAUAUUUUCAAUCCUAUGCCGGGAAUGAUGACAUUCUAUCAUCCGAUCGCAUAUUCAGAAGUAGACCCAGACUUCCAUCUAUGUCCAGUGCCCAGGUACACGAUGCCAGUGUCACGUGACGGACCAGACAGUACCUCGAUGCACGUGACCAACCCCCACAUGUCGACGCAGAAGAAGUAUGUGGAUGAGGAGGAUGUGAUCAGGGGGGUGAUGUUGUGGAAGAAGUAUCCCAGCCAGAGUCUCAUUUCACUCGAAGCCACAACCACCCUGGCCAACAUAUACGCACCUAGACUGACUGACCCCUUCUGUGCUGACGUCAUUCCUCUGGAGGGACCUCAGGCGUUGUCUGGACUAUCCAAGGAAGACGAACAACUUAUAUCCGACGAACAGGAUGUUCACAAUGUGUUGACACCUGAGUCAGUGCUGGACCAAUUCCACAUUCCUCCAGAGUUCACGGAAAAAGACGCGUCCAUCCUGUCGGGAUCUAAGCUGCCCACAACACACCACAACUUGACCUCUAGAGGUCAACCUAGCAGGUACUUGAGGGAGGCGGAGCUGGAGAAGUACAUGCAACAGAGUGGGGGAGGGGUCAGACUCGGCACGAAGAUAGACGAGAAACUUGACAAAUACAGAACCCUGUGUCCAUCCAACCCAGAACUUAUUCUAAAAUAAAUCAACUCCCCCUUCAAAAUGUAAUUCGUCCAUGCUUAGCCGCGUUCUCUCACCCAGCUGAGCUGAGAAGAGAACUGAAUAAUGAAUUCUAAUUUGUAAUUGAUAUUCGAAUAGAGUCUAUAAAUAUUUGAGUUAAUUAAAAUACCA